UCGCGUGCUUCAGUCGGGUUCGUACGUCUAAUUCAGUGUGCUCCCGCGUUUCGUCAAUGAAUGAAAGCAAUAUUUUCCUUCUUUUUUGUUUUAAACAAUUUUUUGUUUGGUGACUUGUGUACAUUGUACAACAAAAAAAUUUAAUUCAACAAAAUUUCAAAACGUGAAUUAAAGAAGAAGAAAAUUAUUCGUAAAAUCCGUUGAAUGAGAAAUGGGUGUUGCGGUUCGUGUUUAAUUUUAUGUGAAUGAAAAUUGAUGCCAUAAAAUGUGCUAAGUGUUUACAAUCCAAAAAAAAAAAUAAAUAAAUCUGUGCUUCAAUGAAAAAAUUCGAAAAAGAAAUGCAAUAAAAGUGCAAUAUAAUCAUAAAAAGGUUCCAGGGCUCGCAGCAUUAAAAUACACAAUUUUUUUUUCUUUGAUUUAUUCACAUCUUAAAGGAUACACUUCCAUACAAAAUUUUAUUGGAUACAUUUUUCCGCAUCGCAGCUGUUUUCCUCUUCAUAACCAUCGAGGGAACGAGAUUUUUUUUCUUUCAUUUUCGGUUUGCUUGUUGAAAUGCAAACCGCCACACCGACUCAUAAAUUCUGGUUUUAGCAGAUUAUUUAUCUUUUGGAUUUUAUGUUCGUUGUUACAAUAAAGAUGCUGCAUCCAUUUAGCAUGAGCUAACCAAGAACACACACAAAAGCCAUGCCACCGAGUGCGGACGGCUCAUCAGGAGCACGAAUAGCUACCAUUAUUUUAAUGGUGCUAGCUCGUGCCCUCGGUGAACCCGCACCAUACACUAAUCGAAACUUCAACGAGCCAUCGUCAACCGAUCAAGGAUCGCUGGCACCGAAGCUGCAAUAUCGAUUCGCCCAUUCCAUUUACAACGUAUCGAUACCGGAAAAUAGUGUGGGUAAAACCAUUGCCGUGCAACCGUCGUACGAAGAUCGUCUGGGCAUCACAAUCACGCCCGAUUUAGACGUAAAAUAUCGGAUUAUUAGUGGCGACAAAGAGCGUCUGUUCAAGGCGGACGAACGGAUUGUCGGUGAUUUUGCAUUUUUAGCCAUUCGUACGCGUACCGGUAAUGUGAUAUUAAAUCGAGAAAAAAUCGAUGAAUAUCGGUUGGACGUGCGUGCUUCAAUAUCGAAACGUGAUUCGAAAAACAAAGUCAUUGUUGAAACGGACACAUUAGUUAUCGUUAAAGUAUUGGAUACGAAUGAUUUGAGUCCACUGUUCUAUCCAACGGAAUACUCCAUAUCCGUACCAGAAGAUACGCCAUUGCACAAAAGCAUAAUCAAAGUGACGGCUGAAGAUGCUGAUCUGGGAAUAAAUGGCGAAAUUUAUUACAGUUUCCUGGAAGCAACAGACUACUUUGCUGUACAUCCGACCAGCGGAACGAUAACGUUGACUAGACCGCUAAAGUUCACCGAUCGAUCGGUGCACGAGCUAGUUGUUGUCGCUGCUGAUAGAGGAUCGACAAACAGCAAUCGACUUAGUCAAGCCAGCAAAGCAAAAGUGCACAUAAAAGUUAAACAGGUUAAUCUAUACGUUCCGGAUAUAUACGUGCAAGCUCUACCUGACAUAACGGAAAAUUCGAACGCAAAUAUAUACGGCAUUGUACGAGUCGAAGAUAAAGACAAAGGCAUUCAUGGACAAAUAAAGAGUUUGGACAUUGUGGAUGGAGAUCCUGAUGGGCACUUCCGCAUAAAACCGACAAACAAACCGGGCGAAUAUAACAUUGAAGUGCAUCGAUUGCUCGAUAGGGAGACAACACCGCAGGGCUAUAAUUUAACUCUACGUGCGAUCGACCGAGGUAUACCGCCGAGACAGAGCUAUAAAAUCGUGCCAGUACAUUUGCAGGAUAUUAAUGACAAUGCACCAGUGUUCAAUAGAGAGAUUUAUGAGGUGGCUGUGCCAGAAACCUCACCACCAAAUACACCAGUUAUUCGAUUGAAAGUAACUGACAGGGAUGAGGGUAAAAACGCACAGGUGUCUUUGGAAAUCGUUGGCGGCAAUGAAGGUGGUGAAUUUCGUUUAAAUGCUGAAACUGGCAUGCUAUACACAGCGGUCGGACUGGAUGCCGAAACAAAGGCAUUUUAUACGCUAACUGUAUCAGCUAUUGAUCAAGGUAAUACUGGUACACGUAAGCAGUCAUCGGCCAAAGUGAAAAUCAAUGUUAACGAUAUGAAUGACAACGACCCGGUGUUCGAACAAUCGAAUGUUACGAUUUGGGUCGAUGAAAACGAACCGGCCGGCACGACAGUGACAAAAGUAACGGCCAGAGAUAAGGAUUCUGGUGAAAAUGCAUACAUAUCAUAUAGUAUAGCUAAUUUGAACGAUGUUCCAUUCGAUAUUGACCAUUUCUCUGGUGUUAUUCGAACAUCAAAGUUAAUUGACUAUGAGAGCAUGCGACGUGAAUAUAUAUUACGUGUACGAGCCAGCGAUUGGGGACUGCCAUACAGACGUCAAACGGAAAUGCAGCUCGUUAUUAAAGUACGCGAUGUAAACGACAACCGACCUCAAUUCGAGAAAAUUGAUUGCGUUGGACACCUUUCACGGCAUGUUUCAAUUGGCACAGAAAUAAUGACACUGUCGGCUAUUGAUUUCGAUGUAGGAAAUUUCAUAACUUAUCGGCUCGUAUCCGGCAACGAAGACGGCUGUUUUAAUUUGGAUUCAUCGUCUGGUAUUGUUUCUGUUGGUUGUGAUUUAAACGAUGUUGGCGUUGAAAUGAGAGAACUGAACGUGACGGCUACAGAUGGAACACAUUUUGCUGAUGUCAUGAGAAUUCAAAUAAGUUUAUUGAAUGGAAAAAAGACUGUGCCGAACAUUGGCAGAAUGAUGAGUGAAGAUAGUGCCAUUGGAUUUGAAUGUAGAGACACUGGUGUUGCACGGCGACAAGCGGAAAUGCUUGCAUCAGCCGAACGAAAUAAUAUGCCAGGACGCGAUGCAAGUAAUGGUGAUGAUUUUGCAAUGAUGCCAAGUCGAUAUGGGGAGAAUGUGCAUGCACCGGAAUUUGUCGAUUUUCCCAAUGAAAUUCAAGUGAAUGAAACGGUUCAGUUGGGUAAAACUAUUGCGUUGAUUAAAGCACGUGACCGAGAUUUGGGAUAUAAUGGAAAAUUGGUUUUUGGUAUAUCGGGUGGCGAUUAUGAUUCAGUGUUUCGAUUGGAUCCAGACAAUGGCGAAUUGAAAAUUAUUGGUUAUUUGGAUAGAGAACGUGAGGAUGAAUACGUUCUGAAUGUGACCGUCUACGACUUGGGUAAACCACAGAAGUCGGCGUCGAAAGUUUUGCCAAUUACUGUCUUAGAUGUAAACGACAAUGCACCCAAGUUCGAGAAAUCCCUUGCAAGUUUUCGUGUCACCGAAAACGCUUUAAACGGCACCGUUAUCGUCAAAUUGAAUGCAACAGAUGCUGACUUGGGUGAUAACUCAAAAGUUACGUACACUCUUAUCACCGACACAAAAGAUUUUCGGGUGGACUCUCAAACCGGAAUACUUACCACUUGUGCGAUACUUGACAGAGAAAAGCAGGAAACUUACGAACUUAAAAUACGUGCUAUGGAUGGCGGUGGUAACAAUGAACAACCAGCUUUGUAUUCCGAUGCGAUUGUACGUGUCACCAUAGACGAUAUCAACGAUAAUGCACCUGCAUUCAGUUUAUCCGACUAUACUGUUCGCGUACGUGAAGAUAUUCCAAUCGGUACCGUCGUUGUUGUAUUGACUGCAAAUGAUUUAGAUACCGGUCCCGGCGGUGAAGUGUCGUACAGUUUAAGUGAGGACAGUGAAAGUUCGUUCAAAAUAGACAAAUUUUCGGGAACAAUUCGAACAACAAAAUCUCUGGAUUUUGAGGAACGACAAGUGCAUAGUGUUAUAGUGAAAGCCAUCGAUCGCGGUACGCCGGCCCUGUCGUCGGAAACGUCCGUUAUCAUUGAGGUGAUUGAUGUGAAUGAAAAUAAGUUUGCGCCGCAGUUUGAAGAUUUUGUGUUGAGUGGUAGUGUUUCGGAAAACCAGCCGAUUGGGACGCACGUUAUGGUCGUGGCAGCGAAAGAUAGUGAUGCACCCGGGCCGGAUUCGAGAAUUACGUAUUCUAUCCGAGGCGGUGAUGGACUUGGCUUGUUUUCCAUCGAUGGAGAUGGUGCAAUUCGAACAUCAGCUAUUUUGGAUGUGGAAUCAAAAUCAUUUUAUUGGCUAACAACAUGCGCCCAAGACCAAGCAGUGGUUUCACUUCACUCGUGUGUUCAAGUGUUCAUCAAAGUCCAAAACGAAAACGAUAAUGUACCGCUAACGGAAAAUGCUGUCUACUAUCCAUCCGUGCCAGAAAGCAGUCCAGCAGGUGUUAAAGUAUUGCAAUUAAUAGCUGAGGACAGAGACGAUGACCCGCUACAAAGGGUUACGUAUCGUAUUACAUCUGGCAAUCCAGAGGGAUUCUUCGCUAUCAAUACAACAAGCGGUUUAAUUACUACAACAGCUAGGAAACUCGAUCGAGAAAAUCAACCGGAACAUAUACUAGAGGUUAUGAUCAUGGACAACGGAAUGCCCCAACUGUCAUCUACCACCAGAGUUGUUGUUGCUGUGGAGGACAUAAACGAUCACAGUCCCGAAUUCGAUCAAAAAUUCUACAAGUUCCAGAUACCAGCAAAUGCUGAAAUUGAUCAGUCACUGUUUCAGAACGAUUUCGCCGGAUCAUUUCAAAAGCAAUUAUAUUCAGUGCAUGACACUGAUUCUCCGUUUGAUAAUUCAACGUGGGAACUGUAUACCGAACAUGAUUUUUAUGGACUAAGACAAAUAUUUCGGGUACUAGCCAAUGACCAAGAUACCGGCGAAAAUGGCCGGGUUACGUAUGCUAUUAAAUCUGGCAAAGGAAAAGCAAAAUUCCGUAUUCAUCCAGAUACGGGCGUUAUUUAUGCGGCUAAAACAUUCGAACCAGAAAGUGAAUUUGAUUUGACGGUACGUGCUGAAGAUAAUGGUGUGCCGAAACGGGCGCAAAUGGCACGUGUUAGCAUUGUUGUUGUGUCAAUACCGAAAGAAUCCGAACAUCCACCACGUAUUAAGACUAGUGACCAGCACGUCGAAGUUACGGAAAAUGAUAGUCCCGGUUAUUUGGUUACACUUGUGCAAGCUUAUGAUGAAGAUAAUGAUCAACUGUGGUUCGAUAUUGUGGGUGGCGAUGAUCAACAUGAAUUCUAUAUUGGACGGGACAAUGGCAAUGUUCUUCUAGCUAAACAUCUCGACUGGGAAACGAGACGAGAAUACAAUUUAACCAUAAGCAUCACCGACGGAGUACAUACAGUUACCACCCAAUUGUAUAUAACUGUUCUAGACAUAAACGACCAUCGACCCGAAUUUACUGAAUCGGUCUAUCGAAUCGACAUUUCCGAAAAUGUUGAAGAAGGUACCGAAGUGCUUCAGUUACACGCCACCGACCUGGACGAAGAUAAGAAACUCUUUUACAGUCUACAUGCAGCUCGUGAACCAAUUUCCUUGAAAUUGUUCCGUGUCGAUUCAGUGACUGGUAGCAUAACACUGGCUCAACAAUUGGACCGCGAAUUGAUUGCGGAACAUGUACUCAUUGUCAUUGUUAAGGAUCAGGGAACACCGGCAAAGCGAAAUUAUGCUAAAGUCAUAAUAACCGUUCAUGACCACAACGAUCAUGCUCCAGAAUUCACAUCGAAAAUUGUUGAAGGAAAGGUGUACGAAACGGCUGCUGUUGGGUCGAGUGUUGCGCAGAUGUAUGCCAUCGAUCGAGAUAUCGGUGAAAAUGCCAAAAUCACCUAUUCCAUUGUCAGCGGUAACAUUGGAAAUGUAUUUUCGAUUGAACCGGACAUGGGAGUAAUAAGUGUGGCGAAGGGAUUAGACAUAAACACAUUGCCGGAGUAUAUGAUCCAAGUGAAAGCGAUGGACAACGGAAAACCAGCUCUGUAUUCACAGAUUCCGGUGCACAUAAUGGUUGUUAUGGCUGACAAUGCGCCACCACGAUUCUUGAAAGCGGAUCCGGCAAUAGAGAUUUUUGAAAAUCAACCAAUCGGAACAUUUGUAAUGCAUUUGGAGACUCGAAGUACAUCGUCCGUUGUCUAUGACAUCGUUGAUGGCAACACAGACGAUAUGUUCUUUAUUAACCCAUCGACCGGUGUGAUAACGACCAAAAAUAUUUUGGAUUAUGAAACAAACAAAUUCUACAACUUAACGGUGCGAACGACAAAUAUGGCAUCAGCGUCGGCAACGUGUUACGCUGUGGUACACGUUUUGGAUCGAAACGACAAUGCUCCAUACUUUGUGCAACAGUUGUUCAAAGGAAUUAUUGCUGAAUCGGCGCCUAUAACAUCGUUAGUUAUUGCGGUUAAUGACACAAUAACAGAUGGCCAAAGUAUGCCAUUGGUCAUAAAAGCUUUCGAUAUCGAUUCCGGAUUGAACGCUUUGUUACAUUACGACAUUGUGGAAGCAAUGCCGAGACGCUAUUUUCACAUCGAUUCGACAACAGGUGCGAUAAAAACUGUGAUGCUGCUGGACCAUGAAAAAAUUCCACUUUUCAAUUUUCAUGUAAAGGUGGCCGAUUUAGGUAAACCAUAUUUGUCUUCCGAAACAAUGGCUAAAGUGGAAAUAACAGUCACCGAUGUUAAUGACUGUGCACCAGUCUUCACCCAGAAGGAGUAUAACGUUACACUACUGUUGCCCACCUAUGAAAAUGUGGCCGUCAUUCAAGUAAAUGCGACCGAUCAAGAUAGCUCUGAGAAUAGUACCCUGCGAUAUGACAUCAUCGAAGGCAAUAAGGAUGGUGUAUUUGCCAUUGAUCCGGAAACGGGCGUUAUAACGACCAGGGAUGUGGAACGUAUUGGCGUUUUUUACAAAUUACACAUACGAGUGUCUGACGGCAAAUUUUCCAAAGUUGCUUAUGUCAACAUCAACGUGGAAACGUCGGAAAAUUCGGGUCUUAUUUUCCAAAAACCGAUUUACGAUGGCAGUAUUGUUGAAAAUUCCACAAAAAUUACGACAGUAACUGUGGUCAACGUCAUCGGCUCCACCCUAAACGAACAUGUAGAGUUCAAGCUGCUGAAUCCGACUGACAUGUUCAAAAUUGGCCUGACCUCUGGGGCUAUUGAAACCACCGGUAAACGUUUCGAUCGAGAAACACGAGAUAACUACGAGCUGAUUGUUGAGGCACGUUCACAUCCUCCGGACCGAGAAAAACCGAGAGUGGCUCAUGUCGUGGUCAAUGUGACUAUUAUCGAUGUUAACGACAAUUGUCCAAUGUUUGUCAAUCUACCCUACUAUGCGGUCGUAUCUGUGGACGAUAUCCGUGGUUCAUUGAUUACCAAAGUGCAUGCAUUGGAUCUGGAUAGUUACGAGAACGGCGAAGUACGUUAUGAAAUGAAACGAGGCCACGGUGAACUGUUCAAAGUCGAUCGAAAGUCGGGCGAAGUUACGCUGAAACAAACUUUGGAGGGACAUAAUCGAGAUUAUGAGUUACUGAUUGCUGCAUAUGACGGUGGAAUUACGCCGUGUUCAACUGAUGUCACUGUUUACGUUAAGGUGAUAGAUAAAUCAAUGCCAGUGUUCAACAAACAAUUUUACUCCGAUACGGUACCCGAAAAUAUCGAACUCCAUUCACCGCUAUCGGUAGCGAUUCAGGCCGAAAGCCCUCUAGGUCGUAAACUUAUUUAUACCAUCGUAAAAGGAAAUGAGUUGGAAGAAUUUGCAGUCGAUUUUAAUACAGCGCCAGACAGUACAAAUGGUCCCUGUGCCAUAUACGUUGUGGAUGAAUUGGACUACGAACAGAAACAAAGUUAUGAGCUUGUCAUUCGUGCAACCGAUAGUGUUUCUGGUGUUUCAGCUGAGGUGCCCAUCAAUGUGCUCGUUCAAGAUGUGAACGAUUGUCCGCCGGAAAUCGAACACGACAGCUACAAUAUAUCCGUGUCGGAAGGGUCACCGUUCGGCACAGCUAUUCUGAAAAUUAUAGCCAAAGACAAUGACACCGGUAUCAAUCAAAUGAUAACGUACAACCUUCAAACGGACAACAAGAAUUCGUCAGAAUUCUUCCACAUGGAUCCGGUCGAAGGGGUUGUGUACCUGAAGAAAGCAUUGGAUCACGAAGCGGCUACGGCUCAUCAUUUUACAGUGAUUGCAACGGAUAAGGGUGUGCCGAGUCUCAGUUCAACGGCACACGUUUGGGUGACAGUUGCUGAUAUGAACGACAAUCCACCAAAGUUUGAACAACCAUCGUACAGCUGUGUCCUCUCCGAACAUGCAUCCCGGGGUCAAUUUGUCACUGUUGUUUCGGCUAGUGAUCCCGAUUACGUUGACCAUGACAAUUUGAUAUACACAAUAGCACAGGGCAACGAAUUACAGACGUACACCAUUCAUCCGGUCACCGGAAUAAUAACUUUAGUGAAUAUGCAAAAUUUUGCUGAAAAGCAUUUGACGGUAUUAAAUGUUUCGGUGACAGAUGGAGUUUAUACAAGUUUUACCCGAGUGAAAAUUAAUAUUUUACCCGCAAAUUUACAUAACCCAGUGUUUCCUCAUCAGAUGUACGAUGUUAAGGUUAACGAAAAUCAAUUAGCAGGACGUCUUGUUAUAACGGUCACUGCCGACGACAAAGAUUUCGGCGAAUUCGGAUCGUUAACUUACGACAUAUUUUCCGAUGAAAUGAAGGAAUAUUUUGCCAUCGACAAUAUCAAAGGCGAAAUAGUAACAAAAGUCCGGCUGGACCGUGAAGUGCGCAAAAACUAUGAAAUACCGGUCAUAGCAACAGAUGGUGGCGGACGAUCUGGCUUUACAAUUGUUAAAGUUAAAGUGGGCGAUUUAAAUGACAAUGCACCGGAGUUUUAUCUGCGUGAAUACAAGGUUGCCAUACACGGUAACCUUUCAAUUAACGCAACAUUUUUACAGAUAAAAGCCACUGAUGCCGACGACAAUCAAAACGCAAUAAUCAAAUACGUGAUCUACGACUCACAAAACAUUGGCGUCAAGGACUUGUUCGACAUCGACGAAAAUACGGGCGGUUUAUUCAUCAAGAAACCAGCCCAACCGUACGAAAAUCAAAAGUAUCAAUUUUUCGUCCGAGCCCAUGACGGUGGUUCGCCAUCGUUACAUUCCGAUGUACCAGUCGAUGUGUACAUAAUGGCUGCAUCCGAAAUUCCACCAGAUUUCGAGAAAAAGGAGCGAGUGCUAUUCUUAUCGGAAAGCUCACCACCUGGCACCGUAAUAACAAGACUGAAGCUGACCACGAAUACAUCGGCAAAUUAUCGAAUCAUUUCGGGAAGCAUUGACGAUCCACAAUUCCAAGUCAAUCAACAGGGAGAAUUGAGGCUGGCCAAAUCAUUAGAUCGUGAGAUGGAAGAUGUGCACUAUAUCGGAGUGUUGGCUGAAAGUGAUUCGAGUCCGUCGUUGUCGGCCUUUUCGGAAAUUAUACUUCAUGUGCAAGACGAAAAUGACAACAGUCCAGUGUUUGAAAGCAAUCGGUACAACCUGGUGUUAGCCGAAAAUAUCGAAAAAGGUUCGAUCGUGAUGAAAGUGACCGCUCGUGACACAGAUAAUGGAUCGAACGGUGAUAUUCGAUACUCGAUUUCACCGGACGCCGGUGAUAUAGCUAAUGUGUUUGAUAUCGAUGCCCAUUCUGGGUGGAUCAGUGUAUUGGUGCCUCUGGACAAAGAGAAGCGUAGUGAGUACAGUUUUCAAGUAAUCGGAACGGAUAACGGUCAACCUAAACAUAGUGCGCGGACGACAGUGUUGAUAAAACUGAAAGACUAUAACGAUUGUCCGCCGGAAUUCGAUAAAGAAAAAUAUGAAGUGACCGUCAGUGAAGAUUCGCUACCGGGAACCGUCAUUUUACUCAUGUCGACCACCGACAAAGACUUGGAUUUGAAAACUCCGAUUGAAUUCUACAUUACUGCUGGUGAUUCAUUGUCUCAGUUCCAAAUACGAUCAACUGGUGAGCUAUACAUAGCUAAACCAUUGGAUAGAGAAUCCAUAAGCAGUUACGAUCUAACUAUCACCGUUACGGAUGGCACAUUUACGACGAAGGCCAAUGUUGCUGUGACUGUUAUCGAUGCCAACGAUAAUCCUCCUUACUGCUUAAAAUAUCGCUACCGAGAAGUAUUAAGUGAAGGUGCUAACCUAGGAACAUUCAUUCUAAAUGUUCAGGCAACCGAUGCCGACGAGCCAAUCAACUCAAAAUUGAGAUAUUAUUUGACUGGAACCGGUGCUGACGAUUUCUCAUUGGACAAAGAUAACGGAAACUUAAAGACCUCCCGACAGUUGGAUCGAGAAAACCAGUCACGCUAUCAUUUGGUGGCUCACGUACAGGAUCGCGAUCAUUUCGGCUGGGAAUGUUCGUCGCAAAUUGAAAUUGUCGUAACGGAUCUGAACGAUAAUGCUCCACAAUUUUCGAUGCAAUCGUACAGUGUAACUUUGCCGGAAGAUGCAGAGGUUGGCACGUUAGUGACAAAAGUUCAUGCCACGGACAACGACAUUGGUGUCAACCGGAAAAUCAACUACUCGUUUGUGGACUCGUUCAAGGAUCACUUCAAAAUAGCUCGUGACAGUGGCAUUAUAACAUUGGCUAAGCCUCUCGAUCGAGAGGAAAAGGCCAUUUAUAACCUCACAGUUGAAGCCACUGAUCAAGGUGUACCGAAGAAGUCUACGAUCGCAACGCUUGUGGUUAACGUUCAAGAUGUCAAUGACAAUCCGCCCGAGUUCACGUCCAAACACUAUUUCGCAUCCAUUCCGGAGAUGAGUUCACCUGGUUCCGAAGUAAUUAAAGUGGUUGCUACUUCGAAAGACACCGGUGUCAAUGCUGAAGUUUAUUACUCGAUCAUCGGUGGAAAUGAGCAAAAGAAGUUUGGGAUCAACAAGAACACAGGAGUUGUUAACGUCGCUGAUAUUCUUGACUUUGAACGGGCUAGGGAUUAUUUCUUGACAAUACAGGCAGUUGAUGGUGGAACUCCUCCGUUGAGCAAUUUGGCCACUCUGAACAUUUCAGUAACAGACACGAAUGACAACGCACCCAUCUUUACCCAGAAUUCUUACUCGGCGAGAAUAAGAGAAGAUGCUCAGAUCGGUGAUAAGAUUCUGCAGGUACGGGCGAAUGACCUGGAUUCCGGCGACAAUGGGAAAAUAUUCUACAGCAUCGAACGAGGCGAUCGUCUGAAGCAAUUUGAAAUUGAAGAGACAUCGGGAUACAUAUCGGUUGCUGCACCGUUGGACAGAGAAUCCGUCUCAAAUUAUGUUCUCGAAGUGCGUGCCCGAGAUAACGGUUUUCCAGUUCUGUCGUCGUACGUUCUGAUCAACAUCGAAAUUUCCGAUGCGAAUGAUAAUCCACCGGUUUUUACCAAGAACAAUUACACGACCAUUGUUCAGGAGGACAAGCAACUCGGAUUUACAUUGCUUAAAUUCGAAAUAACCGAUCUGGACACUGUACCGAACGCCGCUCCAUACACGUUCGACUUCAGGGCUGGAAAUGAAGGUGGUGCAUUCCGAUUGGAACAGGAUGGCAUACUUCGAACAGCUGCGCGAUUCAAUCAUAAAGUCAAGGAUAGUUACCGCUUACAAAUCCGUGUGUUUGACAAUGGAACACCACCCUUGUAUUCGGACACAUGGGUGCACGUUAAAGUCAUCGAAGAAUCUCAAUAUCCACCAAUUAUAACGCCACAGGAAAUUGCAAUCAAUUCGUUCCAAGACGAAUUUCCCGGCGGCAAAAUUGGUCGAAUUUUCGCUUCCGAUCAGGAUAAAUACGACACCCUGUCGUAUGCAUUGGCACCAACAGCAGGCGUUUUGUAUUCACCGAAUAGUCUGUUCAACAUAUCAAAAACAAAUGGAACAUUGUACGCUCUGCCUCGGCUAGAUAUUGGAGACUAUCGAGUCAAUGUGACUGCAACGGAUGGGAAAUUUACUGCCUCAGCUAUCAUCAAAAUAUCCGUCGAACUUGUGUCCAAUGAAAUGCUGAAAAAUUCGGUGGUCAUUCGUUUCAGCAAAGUCAGUCCCGAACAAUUUAUUCUCAGUCAUCGUAAGACGUUCAUCAGAUCGAUUCGUAAUGCGAUUGGAUCUCGUUUGAAGGAUGUUGUAAUACUGGCGGUGCAAUCAUCGAGUGAUGACUCUAAUAUGGUCAGACAUAGAUACAAACGAAACAAAUCUCUGUCCAACAUCACACAUCUGCUAGAUUUGAGAGACAAGCGACAGACUCAACGAGAUCUGGAUGUUCUGUUUACAGUGAGAAAACCACAGGCUAAUCCUAAUCAUUUCGGUUACUAUUCACCGGAUGAGAUCAGAAAAUCGCUGGAAGACAAACUGGACGAAUUGGAGGAAUUAACGAACCUGUCGGUGGAAGAAGUCGUAAAAUCCAAAUGCAUUCCUCGAUAUUGUGGCGACCAUGGCAAAUGUAAGGAUAAAAUUGAUCUCAGCACUCUGGGGAUACACACGGUUACGACGGAUGUAACCAGUUUCGUGUCGGCAAGAUAUGAACACAAAAUCGAGUGCGAUUGUGUGGUCGGUUAUGGUGGCGAAAAGUGUGAAGACACCGUCAACGAAUGUGCUCAUAAUCCAUGCGCGAACUACAAGAUUUGCGUUCCCGAUUUGUCGACACAAGGCUUCCAUUGUAUUUGUCCGGAGGGAUUUGCUGGUCCCACUUGCGACAAGGACAUCAUGAAAUGUGCGGACGACAGUUGUUAUAUACCACGGAAUCCGGUAUCGUUUAGCGGUAAAAGUUACGCCCAAUAUCGCAUUGACAAAACUCUCGCUAAGAAAACGCUCGAAGAUCAACUGAUAUUCACCACAAGAAUACGGACAAUUCAACCAACCGGCAACAUAAUGUAUGCAGCCGGAAAGGUCGACUACAACAUCUUAGAGAUUGUAAACGGAGUGGUCCAGUAUCGUUUCGAUCUCGGAUCCGGUGAAGGGAUGGUGAGCGUUUCGAGCAUAUUCGUAUCCGAUGGUCAAUGGCAUGAAAUUAAACUGGAACGAGAGGGUAACAGUGCCAAAUUGAUUGUAAACGGUAAACAUGUGGCAAAUGGCAAUGCACCGGGAGUGAAUGGCAUUUUGAACAUUCAAGCAAAUGACCUGUAUUUGGGUGCAGAAGUGCGACAGCAUCCGACUGUUCUCGGAUUUGAAGACAUUCAACGGGGAUUUGUUGGAUGCAUGGACGAUGUGAAAAUAGCAAGAGUCGCCGUGCCGUUGCACAUGACUGGAGGUAGUUCAGUAGCUGUACUGAAGCGAUUUGCGAAUGUCGAAUUUAGUUGUGACACAUCGGUGGUUCUUGUGCCGCUUGGUGUAUGUGGAACUCAGCCGUGCUACAAUGGAGGAACUUGCAAAGAUCUUGGAGGCGGAAGCUUCGAUUGUGUGUGUCAUUCUCGCUUCACUGGUCAGUACUGCAAAGAGGACAAAGAUCCGUGUGCAUCUGGUCCUUGUCUCUUCGGCGGAAAAUGUCGCAACGAACCACCUGGCAACUACUCUUGCGAAUGUCCUGCAAGAAUGACCGGCAAAAGAUGUGAUUUUGGCCGAUUCUGUUCGCCGAAUCCUUGCCGAAACGGUGGAGUGUGUGAAGAAGGCGACAAUGGGCCGUUGUGCAUGUGUCGGGGCUACAUGGGUCCAACUUGUGAAUUGGAUGUGAACGAAUGCGAAAAUCAUCCUUGUGGGAGCGGAGCCACUUGCAUCAAUGAAGCAGGAAGUUUUCGCUGUAUUUGUCCGCCUGAUCUGACGGGUGCCAGUUGUGGCGAUCCACUCUACUCCAAUUCCAUUACGCACAAAUUCAAGAAUCUUCCGAUGGAACAGGUUAUCGGUGGAGUUGUGGGCGUCGGUUCCAUUGUCGUUUUUGUUUUAAUGGCUAUUAUGUGUCGGGUUUGCAAGAAGCGGUCGUCCAGACAGCAUGUUACAAACAUUAACAACGAACGAAAGGAAAUUGUACUGAAUUCUAUGGCUCGUGAACAUCCGGAGUAUAAGCGCGGUUCCAAAAUGAGCAACCUGGAGAUCAUUCAGCGAGGUGAGUGCCAACAGAGGCCAGUUUCUUACGCAGCUGCAGCUAAUGAUCCUGGUUACACGUGCAACACCGUUUUCGUUAACAAUUUGGACACGCUGAGAAGUUACGGAUCGGCUGGUGAUGAACUGGAAAAUGUUCCGCCAGAAUACCGUAAACUGAAUCGGCCGAAUCAGCAAGUUAACAUAAACGGAAACACAUCCAGUGACACGGAUUCGUUGCACAAGCAAACGUGGUCUGAUCAGAUGCAGUUACAACAGUUGGAAAGCAGUAAAAUCCAUAACGAUCUGAAACGUCUCAGUCCACUGUCGACAGAGCAUCGCUGUGCUACUGUUAAAGCAACCGGCAUCCUGCCAGGACGUUUGCUCAACGUACCAAUGCCAAAUCCAACUAUGGUAUCGGGAAGCUUCGACGAAUCGUCUGGUGUUCAUAGUUCAUAUCAUUGGGAUUGCUCUGAUUGGGUGCGUCGCAGCCACAAUCCAUUGCCAAACAUCACUGAAGUACCGGGUAGUGAGGUUCCUGAUUCAUCCAGCUUUCAUAGCAAUGAAAGCAACGAAUCACAUCCGAAGAAUAACAUCAUGCCGCUACUCAUCGGACCAGUGGAUCCAGUUCGAGACAUUGAUACACUCAAUGAGGAGGAACUGGAGUCUGAAUUUGUCGACGAUUCCGAGUACGAGGGAAGUGAACAACAAUCAUUGGCUUUCGAUCAUAGCACUUCCAUUCCAGUUUUGAAUCCAUUGGACAGUGGCAGCGAGGAUUAUAGAUUUAGUACAGUGCCUUUAAUAGUUAAAAAUAACCCUGAUAGUUAUUUACGGCAUCCGAAUAGCUAUUUACCGCGAUACAACAUUCAAAGCGAAACGGAUGGCGAAUCGGCUCCGUUAACGGGUAAUCGAAAUUUUAAUGGAGACGAUAUGGCCGAUCAACACAUCACCGAAUCAGAUGAUGAAGACGUUCCAUCGUACGGAUUUCCUUCGCAGCAGAAGCGACGAAAUCGCCGAAAUGUCAGCGAUAUUGAUUUACUAAUUAGCAAUGGCGGCGAACACAAUUUACUGCUGGGUAAUCAUCAUGGCACCUCAAACAGUGACGUAUCAACGCAUCUAUGUGAAAUAGACGAUUCCGAAUGCGAACAAGAAUCGACGAAAAGUGUAAAAUGGGCACCCAGUGUCCAAUCGACUCAGGUCUGACAAAUAUGGUACACAGCCGAAUUACGAAUCAUUUCGACGGUAUAAGGAAAAAAUAAACAUUUUGCAUUUAUCGAAAAAUGUUCAUUAAAACAUACCCUGAAAACAUCAGCCUGUCUCAAAUUAAUAAAAAAAAAAAAAAAAAAAUCAGCAAAAAAAUCAACAAAAAAUGAAUUUAAAAAAAAAUUAAACCGCAGCAAAUGAAUGCAAAAGUAUUUUAUAAUCAAACGAAACAAAAUAAAUUUUUGUUUUUGUCCUAAAAAAGUUUUUUGGUUCAGAAAGUUAGUCUCGAAAUUCGCAAAGAGUUAAUUUAAAGCAGUGACAAAAGAAUCCAUUAAUUUUGUUUCGUUUUGUGAUAUUAAUUUUUUGGUUUUUCACACCGAUCUAUAACCAAGAUAUAAAUGUGUUCUACCGAAAGAUAAAGUUUGAAAACAAUAGAAAGUAAAAAAAGAUAAAAAUUUAAAGUAAACGAAAAGUAAAAUUAAAAAAAGAAAAUGUGUAAAAAAAACAAGUCGCAGCUAGGAACCAAUUUAGUGAAUCGAUUAAUUAAAACUAUUUUUUAAUUAAAACAAAGGUAAAAAAUAAAAAUAAAAAAAAAUUUAAACGACUGAAAUUGAAUAAUGAGAAAAUAUUUAGAAGUUUAAAAAAACGACGAUGAUAAAAUGCGAACCUAAUUAGAAGCGCGUACUGAACUAAAAUUCUUUUACGAAAUAGUAUUUCGCGUCAACAGGCGAAAAGUGGUUUAUUUCACAACACAUGAAGGGAUAGAAGGAACAUCUUUUUAUAUUUAGAUAGAAUUUUUUUUACAAUUAAAACUUUUUUUCGUUUAUCUAAAUUCUAAGGUAAGUUUAAACUAAAUUAUUUUUUGAUACAAAAUAUAUUUCGAUAUGAUUGCAAUUUUAUGGAUACUGGACACACACACAAAAUAUAACGAAAUGUACGUGGAAUGUGGAUUUUAUUUCAGUUAGCGAUGUGUUUGUGUUACUUUUGAACAAAUAAAAAAAACUGAUCAAUCGACACAACAUCAUUAUUUCCGAAAAGCUUCAGUUUAUCAAUUGAUAACCACAGAAAGGAAAUUCCUUCUGUUCAUAUAAAUUGUUAAAUGCAGAAACUGGACAACUUUAGCGAAUUAAAAGAAAAAUGAAAAAUCAUCCUCAUUUUUAAAUAGAAGUUUUUUGUAGAGAUUAAAACAGAAAGCAUAACAUCUUAUGAAUGAAUGAAAUUUAAUUUUUCUUAUAAUUCGCUAAUAUAAUACAAGUUCCAUUUUUACAUUUGACUAUUCAUCUAAAUGAUCUUUUUCCUAACAAAUCCAACAAUAAUACAGAGAAAUAAAAUCAAACAUUAGUGUAACAUAGCAUUGAAAAUAGUUUGCCAUUCAGUUAUUCAGCAAUAUGCAAUGCAUAAUACGAUUCAUACACAUCAACCAAACAACAAAACAGAAUAUUGGUGAGCUAAAGAUCGAUGGAAAAGCAUUUCAAAGUUUGAUUGGGUUUGGUGAAAGUAAAAGUUGUAAAGGAAAAGUUCACAAAAUCUUUUGAUUUCAUUGAGAAUAUCAUGAAAACAUAUCUCCUGUACUGACAUUGACGGUUUGUUUGAUGCAAAUUUUUUAAAAACAUUUUUCUCAUAAAGAUAAACUUUCCUUUUGAAGUCGCACCUUUGCUACAUAAGCCUGAAAUAGAUCUUCUAACUGCCUAACCUGUUCAUUCGCAUAUGAUGGUGUCGUCCAAUCAACGACAUCAGUAGUCAUCGUUUUCGAUGCACAGAAAUAUUUGUUAAAACGAGUGAAGUAGAAGAUUUAGUGUUGAUAACUAGGAAAUGGUUCAGGUUGAGUAAGUUAAUUGAAGAUUAGACGCUUGCCGACUGCAAAAGACUAAUGAAUCCCUUCUCGAUGUGACAUAGUCUUAUUCUUGAUCCUAAUGUCUUUAAAGUGAACGUAACAUUUACCGUUUCAGUAUUGCUGUUCACCUUUUUUAGACAGACAUAACAAUCAAUUUAUGCAAGAAGGGCGAAGAAUCAACAUACAACAAACAUAACAAUGUUACGCCACGGUAGGUCAGAAAAUCUAACAAUUUUAAACUCUGACGCUUUGAAGCAUUUCAAAUAGAAAAAUGAAAGUCUUACACUUUCUUCACUGAAAGGCCCCUCAAAGUUCUCUAAAACAAUUUCUCCUUUCAAAGUGACCAUCGUCUGUGCAUCAAAUUUCCAUCAGUUAUGAACUGUAUUUCCGGGUCUUGCACAAAUUUCAAAUAGAAGCACUCCACUCAAUUCCACUCGACGCAACUGAAUGUGAAGCCCAUCAUCACCUGUGAUUUGAAAGUUUAUCAGCGUCCGUUGAAGCCCCUAUCGUUUUUCAUUUAUUCCGUCCAACCGUUCGUUUGGAAGCAGUUGAAAAUGUUGUUUAUUUGAUCCGACUGAUUCUAUUUAAGUUCACAUUUUUUAACAACGACCAUUAAUUGGAAAGUUCCCAGAAAAAAUGUUUCCAUUUUCGCAUCUGUUUUACAUGGCAUGUUUAUCGUUACCAUAAAUACCAUGACUAUAACUAGGAAAACUCAUUAAAUGGAAGCUACCCCUCGCAAAAAAUGCUGAUAAAAACAGAGAUGAAAAGUGAUUAAAAGUUUCAACGAAACUAGAUGUAACAGUCUUUAAAAUGAAAUGCUUUUCGAACUGAUAUAAUAAUUAAACCGGUCUUCCACAUUUUCCUGGAAAACCCAAUGAAAACAACAUUUUCCUAACAAGCUUCACCAUAUUUAAUUGAAUUCCAUCCAUCCAUAACAUUACGCUAGUUGCCAUCAUUUAUUUACAAUUUUCACAUAAAAUUUUUUCUACACUUAAAAGCCAUCGAAAAUUGAAAUGCACAUCGUCAUCAAUAUUUUAUAUCAUUAUGUCCUGGUGUUUUUUUUCCACGAUCGAACGAAUCAGAAAAAAAGUAUUAAAAGUUUAUACAUGAAAAAAAAUGUUGAAACCUACUGCGAACUUAAAUUGACACUGAAUUAAUUGAAUUAAAUUUAUUUUUUAGUUUAAAAUAUAUUUUUUUGGCAUAACUUAUACGUUUAGCCUAAUUUUAAUUUAUUUAAGAAAAUAAUUUAUUCGACAAAAUGUUUAAGUUCUAUGAAGAUACAAAGUAAAAUAAAAUGAAAAUCAUGAGAAUUAGUAAGCCAUAACAUUAGUUUAACGAAAACUAUUCUCUCCAUUUAAUUUAAUUUCCUUUCUUAUUUGUAAACGAUUCUAACACAAAAUAAUAAUAAAAUGAAAGAGAAAAAUUAAAACUAACUGAUAAAUUUAAACAAGAACGAUAAUUAUAAUUGCGUACACAUUGAAAUAAAAGAAAUUAAUUAAAUUAAUAAAACAACAAACUGGAAGAAAAAGAAACACUCAUCAGAUUCACACAAUAUUGCAUUUAUUAUUAAGAAAAAUGAAAAA